AUGGGAAAAGGUAUCGCUAAGUAUGGUUACAAAUCUGGUAUUUUACCAGUCACAAGAAGUAUCCUGAAAAAACCCACCACCAAACAAUUGGAUCUAAUUGCUAAAAGUAAAGCUGCUCAACCCAAGGGUGCACGUGGUGAAGGGUACGCUGAUGGUGUGCAACAUCCUCCAAGGUCAAGCAGGGUGCCUCCCGCUCCAGAAUUCAUUGAUGUGGAGACUUUAAUUAAAAAUACAGUUCCGAGAAGUCAUAAAGAUUUGCAGAUUAAUACUGUUGAACAAAGGCAGAAGUUAGAAAGAGCACAGGUACGUCAAAGAUAUUUGGAGGAAGCCUUUAGAAACGAGGAAAAUAGAAUACUUAGAAGAGAUGAAUUGAUCCAAAGGAGAAAAGAGAUUGAAAAACUGGAACAUGAGAGAGAUCUGAAAUUGAUCAAUCAAAAGAAGUCUUCUGAUUUGACUAUCCCGUCCUUGGAACAUAUAAUUAACCAGCCCUUAAUGAGACAAAGAACUGAGGAAGAGAAGAAGUUGUUGGAUAUGAAAAGAAAAUAUAAUAGGGACUUAGUGGAAUUCAAAUCAAGGGAAAAUAAGAUUCGCAAAUUGUUGGAGUUAUAUUAUGUCGCAGAUGAGUUUAUCGUCACCGAAGAACAAUUGAUGAAAAAAUUAGACAAUUUAAUUCCAAUUAGAAAAUUGCCCAUAUCCGAGGAAACAAGAAAAAAUAAUAUCGAGAAUAAACUUGGCGAUGAAUUGUUUGGUUCUAUUAACGGUAAACCUGGUCUUCCAAUGAUUAAAGAGUACUUAAACAAUGAAGCAGAAGAAUUUGCAGAAAGAAUAAGACAACAAAAUGAACAAUCCCAACAACUUAAUUAA